UAUUAAUCCUUUCUGGUUAAAGUCUGAUUUUACCUUUAAACUACAUUAAACUGUUAAAAUAAGCCCUGAUAAGUAUCUCUACGGUGAAAUUCAGUAAAAUGAUGAUGCUUUAGAAUGAAGAGCUGAUUUAUUCAAAUUAAGAUAAGCACUUAUCUUACUUGACUUAUCCAGGAAGUCAGUUCAUGGCUAUAUUUUAUUGUGUUCCAGAAAUGGCGUCCCCCAGUAGUCUGCUGUCUGAAGAGCAGUUCCUGUGUUCCAUAUGUCUGGAUGUGUUCACUGACCCUGUCACCAUUUCAUGUGGACACAACUUCUGCAUGGCCUGUAUCAGCGGAUACUGGAAUACCACUGACCAGUGUCCAAUGUGUAAGCAGAGGUUCUACACCAGAACAGAGCUUCGCGUCAAUACUUUCAUCGCUGAGAUGGCUGCUCAGUUUAGAAAGUUGGUUCAAGUGAAAGCUCCCAGCAGCCCGGGUGAGCAGCCUGCUGAGCCUGAAAAACUGUCCUGUGACGUCUGCACUGGGAAGAAGCUCAAGGCACUGAAGUCCUGCCUGCAGUGUCUGACCUCCUACUGUGAAACUCACCUGCAGCCUCAUGUGAUAGCCCCAGCACUGAAGAGACACAAACUGAUCGACCCUGUGGAUAACCUGGAAGACAGGAUGUGUAAGAAGCACGACAGACUCCUGGAGCUGUUCUGUAAGACUGACCAGACGUGUGUGUGUCAGUUCUGCACAGAGACUGACCACAAGACUCACCACACCACCCCUCUAGAGGAAGAGUUUGGGGAGAGGAAGGCUCAGCUGGGGAAAACGGAGUCACAAGUGCAGCAAAUGAUCCGGGAACGACUGCAGAAGGUCAAGGAUAUCAAACGCUCAGUGGAGGUCAGCAAGAAAGACGCAAAGCGAGAAAUAACAGAUGGUGUGCAGUUCUUCACUGCUCUGGUGCAGUCCAUUGAAAGAAGCCAGGCUGAUCUCAUUGCGGUUAUUGAGAAGAAGCAGAAAGCAGCAGAGAUGCAGGCUGAAGGGCUCAUUAAUGAGUUGGAACAGGAAAUCACUGAGCUAAAGAGGAGAUGCACUGAACUGGAGCAGCUCUCACACACCGAGGACCACCUCCACCUUCUCCAGAGAUUUCCAUCCCUGUGCUCCCCCAUGAACACCAGGAACUGGUCUAAGAUCAGUGUUUACAGUGAUCUGUGUGUGGGAAACUUAAGGAGAGCUGUGUCUCAGCUGGAGGAGACAGUUACAAAAGAGAUGUUGAAGUUGUGUGAUGCUGAGCUGAAGAGGGUGCAGCAAUGGUCAGUGGAUGUGACUCUGGACCCUGAUACAAGACAUCACAAUCUUGUUAUGUCUGAGGACGGGAAAAAAGUGAGAGAUGGAUACAGGCAACAUACUCUCCAACAUGACCCAGAAAGGUUUUGGAAUGUUCCCAGUGUCAUGGGAAAGGAGGGCUUCUCCUCAGGAAGAUUCUACUACGAGGUGCAGGUUGAGGGAAAAACAACUUGGUUUUUGGGACUCAUGAGAGAGUCCACAAACAGAGCCUUGCUAUUACGGUCCCCUGAUAAUGGAUUCUGGAUUGCACGACUCAUAGAUGAUCAGUUUUGUCCUAUUGGUGGCACUCGUGUCUGCCUUCAGAAGAAGCUCAGGAGAGUGGGGGUGUUUGUGGAUUAUGAGGAGGGUCAGGUCUCCUUUUAUGAUGUGGAGAACAAGUCUCAUAUCUUCUCUUUCAUUGGCGACACCUUCACUGAAAAACUCUAUCCAUACUUCAACCCUGGUCGUUAUGAUGAUGGUGGUGGUGACAACUCAGCCCCAUUGGUCAUCACUCCUGUCAAUCACACAGAUUGAUGAUGAAAUGGGAAAGCAUUCAUUUUCAGUAAGCACCGUGGAGAGGUGUAGUAGGCCUACUCGAGUCCUGGACUUUUCAUGACUCUUAAUUCAACCAGUGAGGGGACUUGAACUCAGACUCAACCACUAGUAACUUAAGCCUUGCUCACACUGCAGGCCUUCAUGCUCAAAUCAGUUUGGUUUUUCAAAUCCGUUUUGGAAUACUGACUGUCCAAAACAGGAAGUUACAAGUGACCAAAUCAAAUGUAUGUGUUCAGAAAGCAGUCAUUUGCUGUCAAGGCUACGCUAGUUGUCAUAGUAACGACAUGUGUGUGAGCAGUGGUGUAGGCUGAUUG